AAAAAAAAAAAAAACGAAAAAAGCCCUUGUACGUGUGAAAGGUAAGCAGUUCUCUCUCUCUCUCUCUCUCUCUCUGUGUUCCGUGGUCGGCUCGCUCCGGUUGCUUCUCUCGUGUGAAAGGCAUUGAAGUUAUUGUGAGCGAAGGAAAAGGAGAAGAUGGAGAUAAACUUGGGAAGACUUGCUUUCGACAUUGAUUUCCAUCCUUCGAGAGAACUCGUAACUGCCGGGCUCAUAAAUGGGGACCUUCACCUCUACAAUUACGCCACUUCUGCCUUACCACAGAGGCUGUUGGAAGUUCGUGCACACACUGAAUCUUGCAGAGCUGUUAGAUUCAUUGACGACGGACGUGCAAUUGCAACUUGUUCUCCAGACUGCUCAAUUCUGGUCACCGAUGUGGAGACUGGAUCACCCAUUGCUCGUCUUGAAGAUGCCCACAGUGAUGCAAUCAAUAGAUUGAUAAACUUGAGGGAGUCAACCAUAGCCACAGGUGAUGAUGAAGGGUGUAUCAAGGUGUGGGAUACCAGGCAGCGUUCCUGCUGCAAUUCUUUUGAUGCCCAUCACGAUUACGUUUCUGAUAUCACUUUUGCUUCUGAUGACUCCAAACUCUUGGCAACUAGUGGAGAUGGGACUCUUUCUGUUUGCAAUCUUCGAAGAAAUAAAAUCCAAGUUCAGUCUGAGUUCUCUGAAGAUGAAUUACUCUCCGUUGUUAUCAUGAAGAAUGGUCGGAAAGUCGUUUGCGGAUCACAAACUGGAACUCUAUUACUGUAUACAUGGGGGUGCUUCAGGGAUUGCAGUGAUCGCUUUAUUGGUCUCUCUCCAAACUCUAUUGAUGCAUUGUUGAAGCUGGACGAACAUAGAAUCAUCACUGGAUCCGAGAAUGGACUCAUCAGCCUGGUAGGCAUAUUACCAAAUAGAAUCAUUCAACCGAUUGCAGAGCACUCAGAGUAUCCUGUGGAGCGCCUUGCUGUUUCACACGAUAAGAAGUUUCUUGGCAGUAUAGCACAUGAUCAGAUGUUGAAGCUGUGGGAUUUGAAUGAUAUAUUGCAAGGUUCUGGAAAAACUAUAACAAGUCAGGCUGUCAUGGCAGACGGUGAUAGUGAUGAGAUAGAAAUGUAGUCCUCCAAAUAAUAAUAAAGGUACCAAGAGAAAAGGUGCAAGUAAUGGAAAUGAUUUUAGCAGUUCAAGCAGUUAUUUCUCGGGUUUGUAGGUGGAUGGUGCCAUAGACCUUUUUCUUAUUCAUUUCAAGUCCAAUAUAAGAUUUUUCACUGAAAGAUUUCUUACAGAAUCCCAUUGUGGCCUUCAUUUCGUAUCUUGAUGGCUGAGCAGUGUUUACUAUGCCAGUUAUGAAGUUUUUAAUUUUGUUUUAAGUUUGUA